UAUGAGAAGAUUUACGCAAGUCGAAAGAAUUAAGGUGCAAAGUCAUGAUAUCUUUAGUGUUUUCGCAAAAAAUAAUUCGAAUAAACGAGAAGAUUUGAGUUAAUUUGCCAAAUGUUUUCUUGCAAAAACAGAAACAUUACACAUAACGAUUAAUAUUUUGACGAAAAAUUAAUAAAAGGUGUUUUUCGAAAAAAAUAUAGAGGCAAUACAUGAUGCAUUUCACUUUCUCGAAAAAGAUUAUGACGCAAUACCUAAUUCAUUUCACCUUCUCGCAUUAACUUUUGAUGCAUUACCAUAAUAAAUUUCAUUUGAUGAAAAAAAGUUUGCGCAAUGCCUAAAGUGUAUUCCGGUUUUCGUUAUAAAUUUUGUCGAGAUCGUCUUCCGUUUUGCAUACGAUGGCUUAUUAUUUCGUUAAAUAAGUUUUAAUAAAAUUGUGAUAGCACGCAGCGUAUUUGUCGAAGUCAUGGAGAAAGUUUUAACAGUAUUGAUACUUCUUGUGGCAAUUCAUAUCAAGUUGUCUUAUGGUAUGCUACCAGAUGAGCAGAGCCUACACAAUACUGUCCAAAAAUACUUCAAUCUUGGUUAUACGCAUUCGGAAAUGGUUGGAAUGUUUGUUCACCAUAUUGUAGUUUCCAAAACUAAAACAGAAAGAAUUCUUCGACGUUUAAACUUACGAAGACGUGAAGAAAGCAACCCAGAGGAUAUUACUCGGGGAAUAGUACAGCUACAUCGAGAGGGGUAUUCCGAACUAGGUUACAGAGCAGCAUGGAGAAUGCAUUUUUUUGAGAUAUGGAAUCAGAGCACAUCAAAAUACAGUGAGGAUUUGUCUUAAGGCGUUAGACCCUUGUGGAGAAGUAGUCAACAGGAAAGCAAGACGAUUAAGACGUAGAAAAUAUUUCAAUCGAGGCCCAAACUUCGUAAUUCAUUUCGACGGAUAUGACAAUCUAAAACCAUUUGGAAUAUCAAUUCACGGAGCUAUAGAUGGAUUUUCCCGAAAAAUUAAAUUCUAUGGUUGAAAGCUGCA